AUGCCAAAUAACGAAGCAACUUUCCCAUGCGAAUCACCAAGACGCACUCCAAACAAUCACAAUGGUGACUCUCUCAUCUCAUUGAUUGGCGCAUCAAUCCAAUCUUCCGCAAGACUACAUCGAACGGAUUUACCCUCCUCCUGCUCCUUCCCAACUUCCGUCUCUGCUCCUGCUGGUUCUUCUUCUCGCAGCCCAAGCGGCCAAGGUCUCUCGGAGAUUCUGAGCAUCGCGACUGAUCUAACCCGAGAACACUCGCACGAGAUCGAUGAUCUCUUCCAGCUCGCCGAUGAGGCUCUUCCUUGGCAUGAAGAACCAAAGCAGUAA